AUGACACUUAACAACGACUUGCGAAGAUCAUCAUCGAAUAGAAAAAGUUUAGUUGCAAGAAAAAAGGAACAAUGGCUAAGAGAUAAAAAUCAAUAUCCGGAAAAUAAUAGUUUAACAUGGACAGGCUAUUUUGGUCGAUCAGCACAGUUAAAGGAUUUGCCAAAGUCACAGCAACAACAAGUGCUAACUCACGAUAGCAACGCCAAUUUCAAUAAUAAUAACAACAAUUUUCAUCAUUAUUAUCGGAGUAAACUACCGACAAAUGCUAAUUGUUCGUUAAGUAACAAUAUGCUCGAUCCGAAAACACUCGCUAAUAUGAGAAAACGGACGGAUAUUCAUCCAUUAGAUAAUGAAUUUAACAAUUGCGGUCUAAGAGGUGUUCUCACUACAGGUACUAAUAAAAUGUACGAUUUUUCUAGUCUGGGAUUACGUCGACAAAAACAAGAUCAAUUACGAAUGGAACUACAACGACAAAUUGAUGAAAAAGCUAGGAACUAUAUGUUAAAUAAUUCAAUGAUAAGAAAACCUAAAAUUAUUCAUACGACAGACAAUGAUGAGUCAAAAUCAAGGAGUAAAAUUGUUAACAAUGCUCACUCUGAUAAUACGAAUCAUAAUGCAAAAUUACCGACAGGGAUGCAAUACCGUUCACAAAAUCAUUAUGAUUCACAUCCAUCGACACUAGACAAGAGAAAUCCAGUGGAAUAUGAAUACGCUUCAGUACUACAAAAACCAUAUUUGUGUUCAUCUGAAACUAAUGAACAAGAAAACAGUUAUCACAUUUCCAAUCAACAGCACCCACCCGUCUUAGACAAAUAUCCUACUAGAAGUGUCUCACAUGACAAACAAGAAGGACGAUUAAAACCACCGCUUCAACAAAACUGUGAAAGUUUAGUAACUUAUCCACGAGACGAGCAUUAUCCAGAAACAAAUUUAAUACCCAUAACGAGUCAACAUUUACAAGUUCCACAAAAACCUCACUGCGUCCCAUCAAAUAAUGAACGGUCAAGUCCACGAUUAACGUCCGUCCAAGGUCAAUCAGCAGCAAUAAUUGACAUAAAUAAACCAUUCACGACUCUAUUUCAUCAAACAUAUGAUCCUAUGGCACAUAUUCGGUUGAAAAUGCGUCAGCGAGAAGCGAGAACAUGGUUAGCAUAUGAAAAAAUUAAAGAAGCACAAGAUAUGGCCGUGCGUGAUAAGAAAGAGAAGAAUGCUGCAAAAAUAUCACUUGCAGAAUCAAACCCAAAUGUACAUCACGUAGCAGCAGAUGUUCUACCACAGCAUCAGCCAUUGUAUGAACAAAAUUCUUCUUUCUUACAAUCACCAUCAAACGGAAAUCAGACUGAAACUAUAAAACCAACGAAAAUAUCAGCAACAGCGGAUCCGACUCAAACAGUACAGAUUAGCCAAGAAGAGCCAACUGAUCAAGAGCAGCCGAUAGCACCAAAACGAACUGUCGUCGAUAAUGGUGGUUCUAACUCUCAAAGACAAUCCCAAAUGAGAAAUACUAGUUUUAAUAAUCAGAAUCUUAAUCAGGUACAUCAACAAACGUCAGAUAAUUCGCGUAGAGAUGGGUUUCGUGACUCGUUAUCGAAUGAUCAACAACAAUCGGAAACAGAUGUAAAAGUAAAAUGUCGAACAAUUGAAAAACAAACCAGUUCAAUUCAAUUUGUUGACUUUUCAUCACAAAAAACGUCACUCCAUUAUUGCAGAAAUAUGUUUGAUAUGGAAACUCAGACAGAUAAUUCAUUAUCGGAACACAAUAGCUUCGGAAAACGAGUGAAAGAUAAUAAACUUUGUAUACAAAAAUUGACAAACAAAUUUUCAAUUAUUGAAAAAGAAACUGCAAAACAAAAACCGAUGCUCUUAAGAAAACGACCAGCAAUAUCGGGAAAAUGGUUUGCCGCUUUAGACGAGAAAAAUGGACAAAGUGUUAAAUCGAAAACAAAACGUCGUCAUACUAAAUUUGAUGUAACACCAAAAACAUCACGUUCAGUAUCAGCCGGAUCAACUGAUACUACGGAAAGAAAUACUAAGAACUUUAGUAAAAAUAUCGUAAGAUCACAAACAUUCAGUAAUCCAUUGAAUACUAGUGAUGAAAAAAAGAAAAACAAGAUAAAUACAGUAGUGAAACAACAACAGAAACGACAUCACUAUACACUACCACUAAUUGUAACAUCAACGCCAACAAGUGCUAAAGAAAAUGUUUGUAAAAACUUAAAUCGUUUAGAAACAACAGAGAAAGAACAAUAUAAUCUACCACACAACAGUGUUAGUGACAAUAAAUUAAAACAACCAGGUUCAGUAACAUUUCGUACUCAUUUAAAACAAUCACAUUCGGAUAUGUGUUGUUAUUCAUUAUUGUCUAUUCAAAAACAAAAACAACAAAUGUCAUAUGAAUCGACUUUUAAAGAAACACAUCAAAAACCUCUGCCAUCAUCAUUCUCAAGUAUAAAUAGUGAUCGCUGUUUAUUCAAUGAAAUACAAACGGUUGAUAAUAGUAUAUCGACUGAUAUCAACGAUACUAUUGAAGACAACAUUAUCACCUCUUCAUUACCUUCAUCAUCUCCAUCAAAAAUGAUCAACAGUAGCUGUAGUAUAACGUCUCACAUGUACUCAAGCCCACAUGAUGAUUAG